AUGGAGGCAGAGAGCUCGGUCCGUUUCGGCCUGGACGUGGCAGCUGGUUCCGUGCGCUCCGGUAGCGGCACUCAAGUGAUCCCGGCCGCGGGCAUGAUCCACCCCGGCUUGGGCUCGCUCCUUUCCGGGGUCGGCAUGUCGACGGCGGCAGGUUUCGUCCUGCCCGCGGGAGCCCUUACGUCCGCCGGAUACGGCGCCGUCCCCAGCGUUCCGCACGCCGCGUUCCACCAGGUUGCGAUGGCGGCCGGGCUGGCCCCAGAGGGAGGCGGCAACGGCGAGAGGCCGCCGCCGCCGCCGCAGAAGGGCCCCUGGACCGCUGAAGAGGACGACAUUCUCAAGGACAUGGUGAGGGAGCACGGCGACCGGAAGUGGGCUGUGAUAGCGCGGUUCCUUCCGGGCCGGAUCGGCAAGCAGUGCCGCGAGCGAUGGACCAACCACCUGCGCCCCGACAUCCUCAAGAGCAUCUGGACCGAGGAGGACGACAAGGCGCUGAUCGAAGCGCACAAGUCGCACGGAAACCGGUGGUCGGUGAUCGCGAGGUACCUCCCAGGGCGGUCGGAGAACGCCGUCAAGAACCACUGGAACACCACCAGGCGGAGCAUCAACGCAAAGCGCCGACUGAAGAAGAAGAACGCACAGGCAGCUCCCGACGAAUGGUCCAUCCUAGAAGAGUACAUCCACAGCUUGUACCCUGCUGCCACCGACCUCGCCGUACCGCUGCAACCGGCGGUCUCUCCUGCAUCAUACAACCUCGAGUAUGGUGAGCUCGUGGGUCCACCCGCCGCUGCUGCCUCGCCGCUGACCAGCUCCCAGCUGACCGGGUUUGGCACGUACGGCAACCCCGUCAACUCAUCGCACUUGGGGACGGUGAACGUGAACGCACCAUUGCUGCUGAACCACAAUGCUUACCACGGCGAGCUGCCUCAGGCGAUGACGACGGCACAGCCGUGGAUGAUUGCUCAAGACCUUCAGGCUCCCUACACCAACCUGACCACCUACCCGUUCGUUGACAGCUUCGUGUGGCCGUCGUCGUCCGUCCAGACCAAUGGGAGCCACUGCUACUGCAGUGACCCAGCAGGCCCAAGCAGCGGCGCCGGUCCGAACAACGUGGACGUCGUGCAGAUGGCCUCGACGGAAUUCCUGACGCCGUCGGAAGACGAGAUCACCCUCGACCUCGCCAGAAAUCGAUCACCAUUGAUGCAGCCAUGCAGGUAUUCAUUUCCUUCUCUCUACCCGUUCGUUGACAACUUCGUGUGGCCGUCGUCGUCCGUCCAGGCCAAUGGGAGCUGCUGCUACUUCAGUGACCCAGGAGGCCCAAGCAGCGGCGCCGAUCCGAACGACGUGGACGUCGUGCAGAUGGCCUCGAGGGAAUUCCCGACGCCGUCGGAAGACGGGAUCACCCUCGACCUUGCCAGGUUCAUGUGA